AUGUCAUCCCUAGAUAUUGUAAAUACAAAAUUUGAUCCGACUAAGUUUGACAAAGUUCCUCUUGAAAAACUACCUUACCAGGUUCUCAGCUGGAUUAACAUAGUUGUUAAUUACCUCAAGAACAAUCCCAACUUUGAGGAGUCUGUUCAGUCUUUUAUUGUCACAGAACUAAAUGGGUUUUUGUCUUAUGUCGAAACCUCAAAAGAUAUUCCCUCAAUUCUUUGCAAACCAAUUAGACUUGAACUAAAUUAUGCUUACCAGCUUACAUAUUCUGGCCCGCACAGACGGUUUCUUUUUGAAACUGUCAAUAAGCUGGUUAAGAUUGUCAGUGCAUCAAAAGCAGAAAAACAUUCUGAUUUGAAACAUCUGGCAAUUUCCGCGUUAGGUUCCAUAUAUGAAACUGCCGGUGAUGGUGCUUAUUCUGUUGCACCGUUAAGUGUGUUGACUUUAAUCAAGGCAUUAAAAGGAGCUUCUUCGAAUACCGGGUACAGAGUUACAAUUGUAUCUUCUUUGGCUGCCAUUACAAAGUCAGCGGGACACAUUUUUGAGGAUUCUCUCAACAAAGAUUUAUGGAAGGUUGCUAAAAAUUACUCCUCUGACAAAUCAGCAAAGGUUGUGGCUGCUGCGUUUGAUCUGUUUACCAGUUUAGUUACUCACCGAGCUCAUUUUAAAUCCUCUUCUGAUUAUGAAACCCUAAAAAAUUUGUAUCAAAAGGCACUUGAUUCUUCGUACGGGGUUGCAAGACAAUCAGCUGCAAGAUGCUUUGCAGCGGUUUUGAAUUUACUUACAAAUUCACCUUUACCACAGGCCACUCAUGAAAAGUAUUCCAAAGCAAUUGAAGUAGACGAAUCAGAACCAAAUCGCACUUCAUCGCCAGCACCAAAUGCAUCUGGUAGCUCAAAAGUUAAGCUUCCAUUUGCUCUUUCGUUUAGAGAUGGUGUCCUUGCUCUCGCUUCUAUUUACACAAGUUCUACUGCAACCACCAGAGUUAGAGUGGGUGUCACUCAAACGUUGGCAAUUUUCAUUAUGAACUGCGAUACACAAACCACGGAGGCAAACUUUUUUGAAAUUUCAAAUAUGUUAUUGUACAAUGUUCUGAGUGAUCCAAACAUUUCUCAAGAUCGACACAAGUUUAUUUUGGCUCGUGAACAUGCCAAGUUUAUUAUUACUGAGGUUAUAGGUCGCCAAGUACUUGGAGAGAUUGGCCAAAUUUCAGCAAUUAAAACCCUUAUUAACGAGAUUUUAAAAAACUACCCUAAAGUGUUGAAGGAACAAGAGGAAGUUCCAAAAGAAACACUUAUUGGGACUUUAGAAUGCAUCACUAAAUUUUUGGCAUUGGUUGGAUCUGCAGCUUCUUCCUUAGUCGACUCCUUAAAGGAUGCUUUGUUGCGUGUCAUUGUUCAUCCUAGUUAUACCGUACAAGUAACGGCAUGUGCUUGCUUCCAAGAACUUACAUCAGCAUCACCUUCAUUAAUUAUUCCUCUUUUAGAUAAAAGUCUUACACAUAUUCACAAGACUUUUCCAUUGAUUUCUGAUCAAAAGGCUCCUCACUCUCAGGUAACUGGUUUUGCUUUGCUAAUAUCUCUCUUAGUCAGCGUCACUUAUGAACAUCCCCUUUAUUCUUCGAUUGAUAUUGCUUCACGUUGUGUUUCUACUGCAACCUCAUUUUUGAAGGCUACUGGCGAUAUUGAUGCCCCCACAUCUGCUCUUCAAAUACAAGUUGCAUGGCGGCUUAUUAGCGGUGUCAUGCCUCUUGGGCACAAUUUUAUUAAGGUUUAUUUAUCUCAACUUCUUAUCUUAUGGAAAAGUUCAAUUCCCAAAGUUUUUAUCAAGGACCGAUUUACCGAUAAGAGCACAAUUGAACUUUGUUACCUCUACCAUGUUAAAAAUUGCGCAUUGGGGUCAAUUGCUGCCUUUUUAGCAAACAAUUCCAAACUUCUUACAAUUGAUGUUGCCGGAAGAAUUAUUCAACUUUUACAAAAUGCUACUCAUUUUAUGAAUGCGAUUCCUGCAAAAGCAUUUGCUGAUGAAGAAAAGUCGCAUCUGCUUGACAAAUCUAUCAAUCUUACUGAUUACGAUUAUCUUCUCAAACGCAGAGUUCUUCAGUGUUAUGUCUAUCUUACUCAGUAUUCCCAUACUCUUGAAUCAUUUCCUGCAAAUCUUUUGCCUCUGGUCUUAUCUUUGUUUGGAAGUCCUGACAUGUUCAACUCUGUCAAUAUGAGCACUGCUAUUGCAACUAACUCCGGCUCUAUCGACAGUAUUUGGCAAAUGGCAGACAAUUUUGCAUAUGGUGUCACUACUAAUGUCAAUGGAUUUAACAUCAUUGAACUUCAGCAGGAACAUGUCAUUGACAAGAGCAAAAUCCACAACUCUACAAUGGAGCCAAUUAAGGAUGUCCAAGAAUCCCACUGGCUUUCUGAGUUUGAUUGGAUCGACACUUUAGAAAACCAAAUAAGAUCACCUGUUUUAGGUGCGAUUGAGCAAGAUCCAGAUGUAUUGAUUCAUUCUUUGGAUCGACAGCAGCUUUAUGUAGGACCCGUUCCUGCUACUACUGCGGUUGCAAAUCUUUCUAUUGAACUUUUUGCAACUCUUUUCCCUCUUCAGCAGCCUAAGGUUCAGGAAAGUCUGCUCGUACAACUUAGUAGUUAUUUAUAUUCUCCUUCUUCUUCUUCUCAAAAGUCGGACAGAAUAACUGCAAUGUUUGUCAAUUCAUCUGUAGCUAUUUACAGCCUUCUUAAAUAUGUCACGUCAUCAAAUUCUCGUGAUAGAAUUAGCAGCACUAAGAUUUUAGCUCUUAUUAAGAAGAUACUUACUCCUAUUUUAGGCAGCUCUGACCCUAUUGUUCGAAAUGUUGCUGCCCAAGCUCUUGGUUUAAUGUGCUCUAUUGGUGGCCUCUCAAUGUCUGCAGAGGUUAUCAAGUAUCUUAUUGAUGAAGUUGUUCAAAAUACUGAUCCAAGCUCUCGGGCUGGUUGCUCAGUUGCCUUGGGAUACAUUUUAAAGCACGUUGGCGGAAUGUUUGCCGGAAUGCAUUUGAAAACAGUUUUUGGUAUCUUAACAUCAUUAGCUAACGAUCCUCAUCCAACUGUUCAUUUUUGGGCUUUAGAAGCUAUUUCUAUUACCAUCUCAGGUGUAGGAUUGAAUUUUGCAAACUAUUCUCUUAGCACACUUUCAAACCUAAGUAAACUUUAUCUUCAAACGUCUCACAGCGACGAAAUGGCUUCUGUUGUUUCGAGCAAUUUGGAAAUACAAUUCUCAACUUAUCGCAUAAUUGCGCGAUGUGUUCAUGCAUUGAUUGAUGUAAUGGGACCCGAUAUUCAAGAAAGCGAAAAGAGUCAGGAGAUUGUUUUGCUUCUUUUAGAACAAUUCCAAUUAUCAAAUGAUUAUAUUUGCAUUGUUGAAACUAUUAAGUCUACUCAAGAGCUUAUUAUUUUUGCCCCAAAUCUUAUCGAUAUUUCUACAUUUGUCAAGCCAUUACUUGUGGAUUUGAUGCUGCCUUAUCAGACUCCAGUCAAAACCGCCGCUAUUGACGCUUUAUACCAAUUAAUCAGAACCAGUUCACAUGCUUUGUUUAAGUAUACUGGAGCUGAACUGAAGCGUGAUAUUUGGCUGGCUUAUGAUUUGAAUCCGUCUGACAAGGCUCUCCGUGCAUUCAUCAAGCGAUGGGUUGAGCAGACUGCUGAAAGCGAAGCAUUGGAAUGGAUUGGUGGUGUUCAAAAGAUUUUGUUUAAUUCAAAGAAAGAGUUUAAACCGAAGGUUGAAACCAAGCCUAAGGAAGCCGAAACUAAUCUUGCUGAUGAGGAAGUAGCUGGGUUUGCUGGUGGUGGUGAUCCUGCUGACAAGAGUGGUGCUAUUGAUGAACCACUUAAAUGGCAAACAAGAGCUCUAGCCGUGGAGUCGUUACGUGACAUUGUUUCUUUAAACUUUAAAGAUAAGUCUUUACAAGAGAUUGAAAAGACACCAAUUCUCACCAAAAUUGGUGAUAUUAUUCGUGUGGCCUUUUCAUCCGCCACUGCUUCUGUUUUGCAAUUGCGUCUUCUUGGUGUCAAGCUUUUAAAUGACAUUUUACUGUAUCUUCAAGACAUUCAAGAUCCAGAGUUUAAUAAAGUUGCACUUUUGGAACAAUAUCAAGCACAAAUUAGCUCUGCUCUUACUCCAGCAUUUACUGGCGACACUUCUGCAGAACUUGCUGCCCAAGCUAUUAACGUUUGCGCUACAUUUAUUGGUAUUGGAAUUAUAAAGAAUAUUGAAAGAAUGGGCCGCAUUUUGAAACUUUUAAUAUCCUCUUUAGAAAAUUGUGCUGACAAUAAAAUUGUUUUGGGAGAUUUGAAGUCUUUAAGUCCCAACGCUCAAGUAAUGCUUCGUAUGGCAAUUCUGUCAUCAUGGGCCGAUUUGCUGGUUGCCAGCACUACCAAGGAAUAUCUUCAAGAUGUUGUGUCUCCAUAUACUCCAAUUCUGGUUCCUCUGUGGCUGACUUCACUUCGGGAAUUUGCUGAACUUCGCUUUGAACCUGAGCAAUCGUCAUCUCUUUCUAAUUCAUCUUUGGGAGGCUCUAUCGAUCACAUGUAUUCAGCUCUUUCUCGCAAUAGCAUUCUUCCUUUUUAUCAACGAUCAUGGCUUCAGCUUGUUGAUGCUAUUGCUACCAUGGUAGAGAAAAAUCCUGAUGAGAUUUUUAACAUUCUUAAUAAUAAAGACCAACCUGGAAAUUCCAGUCCCAAUACGAAAUAUGGAAGUGAACCCGCUGCCUUUUUCUUUGUUUUGUUUGGCAUUUUAUUUGAAUCCUUAAUUAGACCUCAGCAAACUUUGGGAUCAGAGGAAGAAGGCUAUUCUUCUGAACGCCGCGCUCAGAUAUUGUCUGCUCUCAAGCGUAUCAUACAUCCAGCAAUUAGCGGUACUGCAAUUUACAGUGACAUGGUUUUUAUUGAAACAAUUGAUGUACUGGACAGACUUGUUUUGACUGGAACAGUUACUGAACAGCUUUUGGUAGUUGAUAUUGCAUAUAGGCUUUGCAUCUAUCACCCUGAUAAGCAGUCGCACAGUGGAAACAAUUCCCCAAUUGAGGCCAAAGACGGAUCCUCAGGAGAUAAUCUUUCGGACCGCGUUAAUCAACUUUUUGAGCUUGUUCGAGUUGUAAUGCUUGCACUAACGAACCUGCUUACCUUUUUGGUUGAUCAACCUGUUCCACGAUCAACCUUAAACAAUCUGACCAAACCACCUUAUAUUGCUCUUAUUCAUGGAGCUCUAGGAAAUUUGGUUGGAAUGGUCGAAAUGUUUCCUACGGUUGUACGUGUUGACUUAUACGCAUGUUUGCUCUAUGUUUUCGGCAAAAUUUUGGAAAAAACCGAGUUGAUAGGCGAUGUAAUUGUUAAAGUUGGUCUUGUUCAGUUCAAGGAACUUAUAAAGAAUAUGGUUCACACGCGUCAGGCUGCUGGCACCGGCUCUCAAUAUGCUGAAGCCAUUGACCGUGCCAUUAGCAUGGCUACUGCUCAGCUUGUGGCGGUUCUUGCCGAUGCAUCUGCAACAACAGCUUCUGGGCGCACCCAAAAAGAGCUUAGUCUUCUCGGUAUUGUGAUUGUGUUCCGUAACGCUGCAGAUCUUCUUGGUCCUCCUGCAGGUCCACACCUUGUUGCAGAGCUUGCCCAAUUGUUAGUUGAAUGUAUUGCUAUCCCACAAAUGCAGAUUGUUGCUGCUGAGGCUUUACGUGGACUGCUUUCUGCUGCUCAUUGCACGCCUGUGGGCCAGGCUCUCAUCAUCAAAACCAUUCCGCCAUUGGUGGCUCUUGCUACUGGUGAUGGAUCUUCUUCAUAUUUGGCAAAGUCUUCAGCACCACGAGAUAGUGAUGACGAAAAUGAUGAGGAGGACUUGGUUGUUGAUCAUGGGAAUGCAAUUUCUCACCACCAUCAUCGUCGUACAAGCUCUACUGCAGCAGAUAUUGCUCAGAGAAAAGAAGCAGCAGCAGCAGCAGCGCGAGUACCAAAACUCGUAAUUGAGGUUCUUGUGGAAUUAACGAAAAGCCUUGAUCCUACAGAAGAAGCUGAGCGCGUCCGUGCGUUACUGUCUGUGACUAUCCCCGUGCUGCUCUGGUUUGCAAGUGGCGGCAACGAUGAGGAAAGCUCUGAUGCACCUGAGGUGACAGAGGAACGCCAAGUAUACGUCAAUGGGCGGUUGUUGGAAUUGGCCGGUCAUGCCAGUGUUGAAUUUAAGAACGUUUUGCAGUCUGGAUUGUCGGCAUGGCAGCGACAGAUGACAGAGUAUAUUAUGGUUGGUGGUGGACGUGGAGCUUCCAGUGCAAAUUCUGCUUCUGAUGGUUCAGCUGCCGGAUCUGGUACUAAUGGCAGCACUGGAGCAGCACACAUUGAGCUCAAAUCGUUUGUUUAA